AUGAAAGAUGUCAUCCGUUACUGUCAAUCACAGAUAAUCAUAAAUUCAGAAACUCGAGAAAUGGAUAAAUUCGAGCUUCGAUUCGCUUCCUAUUUCAAUGCUCACAUCUACUUGGCUCACUGGCUCAGUAAUAUAAAGUCGAUUUGUGAAUUGAAGAAGAUUCUGAAGGCUCUAGAUCUCCAGAGGAUGACAUCUGAAUCUAUGAAACAAUGCGUCAAGUUUUUCUUGAAGAAUUAG